CCCGCAUUGCAGAACGGAGGAAACCGAGGCCCAGAGGAGCAAACAGGGUGCGGCCCUGGGAGGGUCACCCAGCUCCGGUGAGGGCGGGGCGCAAACUGACACCCAGCUGUCCGGCCCCGAGACCCUUCACUUUCAAGGAGCCGGCUGGCCAUCUCAGCCUCCCCAGUCCUAAACGUCUUGCGGACAGAAGAAGAGCAAGGAGUCAGAACUGUUCUUUGGGUCCCUGGGGAACCAGGAGAGGCUGGCUCAAGCUCUGAGCUCCGUUCUGAGCACGUGGAACCCCACCCAUCCUUGUGAGCAUUUGCUCCUCUUAAGGUUUGUGUGAUCUCAAUUCAAGCAAAGGUGGGAUAUCAUGGCUUCUCUCUGGGUUGGACACCGAGGGACAGUGCACGAUUAUCCGGGCUUCAGCCCUUCAGUGGAUGCUGAAGCGAUUCGCAAGGCAAUCAGGGGCAUCGGAACCGACGAAAAGACGCUCAUCAGCAUUCUGACUGAAAGGACGAAUGCACAGCGUCAGCGGAUUGUUCAGGAAUAUCAAGCAGCUUAUGGAAAGGAACUGAAAGAUGACUUGAAGGGUGAUCUCUCUGGCCACUUCAAGCAACUCAUGGUGGCCCUUGUGACUCCCCCGGCUGUGUUUGAUGCAAAACAGCUGAAGAAAUCCAUGAGGGGCACUGGAACAAGUGAACAUGCACUGAUUGAAAUCUUAACCACCAGAACGAGCAGGCAGAUGAAGGAGAUCUCGCAGGCCUACUACACAGCCUAUAAGAAGAGUCUUGGAGAUGACAUUAGUUCUGAAACAUCUGGUGAUUUCCGGAAAGCUCUGUUGACUUUGGCAGAUGGCAGAAGAGAUGAAAGUCUGAAAGUGGAUGAGCAGCUGGCCAAAAAGGAUGCCCAGAUUCUCUAUAAUGCUGGGGAGAACAGAUGGGGCACAGAUGAAGAUAAAUUCACCGAGAUCCUGUGUUUAAGGAGUUUUCCUCAGCUGAAACUGACAUUUGACGAAUACAGAAAUAUUAGCCAGAAGGACAUUGAGGACAGCAUAAAAGGAGAAUUGUCUGGGCAUUUUGAAGACCUACUUCUGGCCAUAGUUCAUUGUGCCAGAAACAUGCCUGCCUUUUUAGCUGAAAGACUGCAUCAGGCUUUAAAGGGUGCUGGAACCGAUGAAUUUACUCUGAACCGAAUAAUGGUGUCCAGGUCAGAAAUGGACCUUUUGGACAUUCGAGCAGAGUUUAAGAAGCAUUAUGGCUAUUCCGUAUAUUCAGCAAUUAAAUCGGAUACUUCUGGAGACUAUGAAAUCACACUCUUAAAGAUCUGUGGAGGAGAUGACUGAGUCAAGAGCAUAAUCUCCGAAGGUCGCUGUGCCCACGAUGGGCCUUUCCAACAGCCCUGCUUACUCCUUUCUCAGAGUAUAUAAAAGCACAAGCAAGUGUAAACAGCAAGCUGUUUUCCUAACAGACAUUUUCAUCAUUCCAUAAUAACAACAACCAAAAGUGAUUGUACUGGAGUAUCUCAGCCUCAUGUAGUAAUUCACAAAUGACAUUUUUAAAUGGUAUGAAGGAUCUGCUAAUACAAUACAAAUUAUUUUUCUGCUUAGGAAGCAAGAAUCUUUGUAGAAUUCUAACACCUUAAAUGUGUAAUCAGCGUCAAUAAAAGUUGUUGCGUUGGUGAAAGGCA